AUGGACUAUGUUGAUGAGUAUCCCAGUGAAUUGGUCCUUGUUCCAGCUUAUGCAACAAUGGAGACGGACUGGCGAUCGAUCUACAUCCUGGCCUCGACGGGGUUCUUGAUGACCUUCCGGGUGUCGGCCAUGGGCUCGGCUUUGUGGCCAUACAUGAAGCUGGUAAGUAGGUGAUGGAAAGGUUAUGAUUUUGGCAUAAAUUUAACAGAUUUUAUGUGGCAAAACACCAAGGAGUUUUGAUGUGAAGUCAUUCUGAGCUCAUGGCAAUGAAAAAGCAAAGUUAUGAGAAAGUAAACACGGUAUAGCAAAAAAUACUUGACCGUAAAAUUAACCGUAAUUUUUGGCUUGAAUUUUGUUAUAAAUAUUGGCCUCGCUUGCAAAGGAAAAGCUAAAAUUUUCAGGAAUUUAAAAUUGGCAUAGAUUAAUCGCGCUUUCGACAUUUAAAAAAAAUUUGGGCCCGACUUUAUCUAUAAUAAUUUUCAGUUUCUGCAACAGGCAAUUUGCAGGCAAUUUUUAAUGUGAAAUUAAAAUUCCAAGUCUAUCUUGCAGCUGCUCAAGUCCUCUUUUCAGAUAAACCCAUCAAUGGAAGAGUCGUUCCUCGGGGCCAUGAGUUCGCUUGAAAAUUUCUUCAACCUCUCGGUCUCAUUUCUUGCCGGAGUGUUGUGCAAUAAACUGAAUGACACAAAGUGAGUCAAUCCUAAGUUUAUAUAACUUUUCUCUUCCAGAAUCUGCACCGUUUUAGGUGUUAUUUUCUACAUAUGCAGUGUGAUUUCCUAUCUUUCCGUGGAACUGGUCCCGCAAUUUGAUAAACCCCUGUUCAUGACAAUGAACAUCUGUUUUGGUCUUGCUGUUGGUGGGUUCUUUUUCGACUGUCUUUGUGCUGUAAGAUUCAUAGCUUCUACUCAACGUUUUUUAGGGCUAACCAGCGUGUCACGCACACACAUAGCCAUGGCAUCCACUGAGCACGACCGGCCGAAAGCGAUGAGUAUUUAUUCGUUGGCCUGUUCGACUGGAAUGGGAGUUGGGCCGAGUAAGCUUUACUAUCAUAUAUGAUAUGAGGCGAUAGUUUGUCCUAUCAUCCUAUUAUUAGGCGAUAUUAGGCGACCUUUUCUUUUAUUUCUUAUAUUAUUUAACUCCAUUUCAGUUCUCACCAUCCUCGCCGCCCUCGUUGCAUAUCCCGGCCUGGAAUACAUCUCCGGUUUGCACUUGAACGUGUUCACAAUUCCCCCGGCAAUUUUUCUGGUCAUCACAAUGAUCUCGUUGGUCUUCCUUGUCUGUUGCUACAAUGGAAGAUUGCAUUUACACCCGCAUCAUCACAAUCUGGUGGAGCCAACACUCCCGAGGAACAGAAGUCGCUUCUCCCUCAACUUUGAGACCUCGUACGACAAAUUCGCGGUCUUCCUUUGUUGUCUAACACGGAUGGUGCAAUCGAGUAGUCUGUUGUUUCUGAUCAACGUGGGAGGACCGUAUAUGAUGACAGCGUUUGGUUGGGACAGUCAGCAGCUGGUCGUCGCCAAUGCCUUUCUUUUUACGAUGAUUGGCGUUGUUGGGCUUUUAAUUGGGUAAGCGUACUGACUGAGUAUACGAAGGCAUCAAAAAUACACUGUGAAAAACAUGAUCGUUUUUUAAAUAUAUACAUAUAUCACUUAUCUUUGUGGAGGUUUCUAAGCGCACCUCUAUUUCAGCGCUCUCUACAUGACACACAUUGCUCAACGUUAUCUCUCCGACCGGCGCGCCAUUGUGCUCGCCAUGGGAUUGGUGUUAUUGUACUAUGUGAUCACUUAUCCUUAUCCCUUCUACUCCUCCACCAUCCCUUAUGAAGUUUACGAGAACAAUACAUUAGUUAAAGGCGGAUGUUCACAGCGAUUCGAAUGGUGCGCCACCACUCCGGCCGUCAACGGAUGGCUUUAUUUCAUCACCAUGGUGCUCUGCAUGAGCAUCGGGAUCCCGUUGAUGAUGCUAAAUCUUGACAUUUUGUACUCCAAGGUUCUCGGCAAUAUCAAACAAGGCACCAUGCAAGGAGUGUUUCUGGUCUGCGGAGAGUUUGUUAAUAUUGUUGGGCCCAUAAUAUUAACGUAAGUGCUGUCGAAAAAUCAUAAUAUUUUUUUUGUAACAGAAAAAAGUAUGGAAAUAAUAAAGAGAUUUUCAGCGCAGUUUACGAAGCCACUGGGCCAAUUUACCUAUGGCAAUUUAAUAUUGUCACUGUUGGCGCAAUCUUGGCAGUCUGGGUCAAGUAUUACCCUCGAAUGAUCUCAGCGACACGACGAAUCGAAGAAAAGUCUCGUUCGGCGCCAAACUUAGAAGAAAGCUCAAGUAGCAUGGAAAAAAUGUAA